GGAGAGCGUACACACAGCCCGGUGACCUCAGGGGCGUGAGGGAUGAAGGAGACGCACUGUGGCUGACUAUGUGGACCAUCUGGGUGAUCAUCUUCUGGAUUUCAGCCCUCCUGAUCGGAGCUGUCCCGCCUGUCUGCGACCUCCUGAGCGUCCUGAAAAAGGAGGAAGAAAACUGUGCCGAGACUCUCUCCCUGGAGGCAAAGAACAGGACGCCUGAAAAUGAUCUGCUUGCAGGUUCAGGCAGAUGUGCUGGAAUGUGGGAUAACAUGAGCUGCUGGCCUUCAUCUGUUGUGGGACAGACUGUGAACGCUCACUGCCCCAAAUUCUUCCAGAUGCUGACGGGGAAAAAAGGUUUUGUCUAUCGAAACUGUACUAGUGAGGGAUGGUCAGCCCCAUAUCCAAGACCUGAUAUUGCCUGUGGUUACAACAUAGAUGACACUGCGAACGAGGCAAGACGUUCCUAUUUCAUGACUCUGAAGACCAUGUACACAGUCGGAUACUGCACCUCCCUUGUGACACUGUCAAUAGCCUUGGUGAUCCUGGCCGCUUUCAGAAGACUUCGCUGUACAAGGAACUACAUCCACAUGCAUCUGUUCACAUCGUUCAUCCUGCGAGCCUCAUCAAACUUCAUCAAGGAUGCUGUUCUGUUUUCCUCCGAAGACACAAAUUACUGCGGGGUGUACACGGCCGGAUGUAAACUCACGAUGGUCUUCUUUCAGUAUUGCAUCAUGGCUAACUACAGCUGGCUUCUUGUGGAGGGGCUGUACCUCCACACUCUGCUGGUCAUUUCUUUCUUCUCAGAAAGGAAGUUCCUCUGGUGGUUCAUCGCCCUCGGAUGGGGUGCCCCCACCGUGUUUGUUGUGGCAUGGGCCAUGGCUAGGCAACUCCAUGAAAAUAUUGGGUGCUGGGACAUUAACACUGAUGCCAAUACCUGGUGGAUCAUUAGAGGCCCUGUAGUUUUGUCUAUUUUUAUUAACUUCAUUCUUUUCGUCAACAUUUUAAGAAUUUUGAUGAGGAAGCUCAGCUCACCUGAAGGAAGGAGUGGUGAUAUCAACCAGUACAAGAGACUUGCAAAGUCAACACUCCUCCUCAUCCCGCUCUUUGGGGUUCACUACAUCAUCUUUGCUUUUUUUCCUGAAGAUGCAAGCAGUGGUGCAAUGGAAAUUCAGCUCUUUUUCGAAUUAGCUCUUGGAUCAUUCCAGGGUUUUGUCGUGGCUGUACUUUAUUGUUUUCUUAAUGGUGAGGUUCAGCUGGAAGUGCAGCGAAAAUGGAGGCAGUGGCAUCUGAGCAAACACUUGCGUCAGCAUCUGAGCACCUCAGCUAGCAACGGACCAAGUGGCUUAACUCAAGUGAUGCACACAGCAAAGUCCAGCCCGUCAGAGCACAGGAGACCAACCAUCCGAAAAUCGAGUGUGCUUUAGCGGACGCCGUAUGCUUGGAGGAUGCCUCCAUCCUCCGAUGCGUGUGGUUAAGUCCUGUGGACUGCGCUGGGACUCUUGUGUAUAUAUCCGAAAGCAGAACUUGGCUGGAGAUCAGCUGCUCUUGAAGCACAUCUGUUCAUCUGUAUCCUGCGCAGCGCCAGAGUUAUUUUGCAAAGCAAAAUGGGCCAAAACAUUUUGCUCUUCUUUGGGUUUCUGGCCGCAGUCAUUUGUGUUUCUUUCCACACCAAUAUUUUUAAGCUGCUAUUUCUACCUUAAAUGUAGCCUUUUAUUUUUCAUGUGGCUCCCUUCCAGCUUUUUUCAGGCUAAGCCAGGCAUGUGAUUUUUUAGAUGUUUUAUAUUUCUUCUGUUGAAGCUGGGAGGAUAUUCAGCUUUGCAAGAUGAAGGCUAAGUGCCAAACUUUAACGCAGCCCAUAGGCUUGAAAUGCGAAAUUAAUUCAUCCCUAAAAUUUACCGAGAUUCAAAAUCCUGCUGCUGUGGCAGUGCACAUUGAGGACUUUAGGCAUGGCUGAGUUCCUUCCUCUCCUACUGCCUAUCUAUGCUCCAGGGGUGACCACAAGCUCAGAAAGUUUUCUUUCCUUGCCUGCUCUAACAGCAGAGACCUCAGAAAUAACAGUGGUCUAAUUUGGAUUCGUAUCAGUUUUUGAAACCGUAAAAGAGCCAUUAUAGCAAAUUCCAAAGGUGGCCCAGAAAACCUUGGUAAGACGACACUUCACUAUUUUGUCUGUACUUAUGAGAUUUGCCCAGCUAGUCUUUGAAGGGAAACAACGAAAGCCCCUGGGACAUUUAAAACUGAAUUGAACUGGACAAUUGAAAGUGUCUUGUGAAAAACACCACCGUAUUGGCAGGCAAAAAUCUCUCUCAAGUCUACAAUUGCACAAACCUGGGAGCUUGUACAUGAUAGUCGCCGUCACGAGGUAUUUGAGCUUCUACUGCAGCUUUAUGUUUUUAAGGAUAGGAUUGUUAGGUAAGUUCUCCUGGUUUGAGCUGGAAAGGGAAAAACAAAUUCAGCCAGCAAAAGCAAUCAAAUCUAGUAUUUAAUUUUGUAUCUUUAUUUCCCCGGUUGAGGCAACGCUUGCCUGGCUUUCUUGAUGACCGAACAGCAAGAAUGCAUUUAUCACACUUUUCCUUCCUGCUCACCCAUGGAGCGCUGGCAGAACCAGCACACUCCUGCAAAGUGGUGACUAAAUGGCAUUCCCCAACGGUUGCCCGAACUGCUCUAACGAGCUCUUAUUUACACCAAAUCCUCAUGGCAGAUUUCUGUCAUUUUACCAGAAGCAAAACAUGCAGAGAAAUUUAAAGGAUGCCUUCAAAGUUAAAUCACCUGCCCAGAAGCAGAUGUUGACUGCUGUGAUUAGCUGGGUUUUAAACUGCAAGUUUAAGGGCAGGAAAAAUAAUCUUUUUUCUUCCCCUGUCAUGCUCUCCCUCAAGUCUGGAUAAAAACCCUGGCUCUUGCUGACUUACUCAAAGCAAGCAGAUCCUCCCAGCUUCUGAGGAGCUCACUCAGUCCCAAUGUAUUUAGCAAGUCAGAUACAAUCAUUAGCCUAAUUUUCUCUCUGGCCUACGAAAGCUAAAAUAAGACCAAGAAGAGCAGGGAAACAACACGUCUGCUCCCUGUCUGAGAAUUAAACAUUUAUCAGUAA